CAGGUGACCGGAAGUUUGCCAAGUCAGCAGCUGUGUUGUCGAAAUGGCUGGACACGAACAUCAUCAUCAUCAUUUCUCUCUUUGUUUCUGUGAUUUAAUGAGGCUGAUGUGGUCCUUGGUGAUGCCCUGCGUCUACCUAACCCUGUUCCUGACCCUGCUCAUGACCCUGGUCCUGCUGGGUCUCCGCUUAUGGCUGCAGGGCCGCCGCAAGUCCCGCCGGGCUCAGGACGGAGGUCCGGCGGUGGCUUUCUUCCAUCCGUAUUGCAACGCCGGAGGAGGCGGGGAACGGGUCCUCUGGUGCUCCCUGAGGGCCCUCAUGAAUCGAUACCCCAGCGUGUCCUUUGUGGUUUACACGGGGGAUCAGGGAGUAACUGGUGAGCAGAUUUUGGAGGGUGCGCGCCAACGUUUCAACAUUACACUCCCUCGAUCAGUCACAUUUAUUUUCCUGCGUCACCGCGUGCUGGUGGAGGCCACUUCUUACCCUCACUUCACCCUGCUGGGCCAAAGCACUGGCUCCAUGUUUCUUGGGUGGGAAGCACUUAUAGCCUUUGUUCCUGACCUGUUUGUGGACUCCAUGGGUUACGCCUUCACGCUUCCAAUCUUUCGGUACCUGGGAGGCUGUAGGGUGGCGAGCUACGUUCACUAUCCCACUGUCAGCACUGACAUGUUGUCUGUGGUCAGAGAGAGGAACCCCAGGUUCAACAACUCAGAUUUCAUCUCUAGAAACCCCAUCCUGAGCGCUCUGAAGGUGGUGUACUACUGCUGCUUCGCUCUGCUCUACGGCCUGGCCGGCUCCUGCAGUGACGUCAUCAUGGUUAACUCUACCUGGACCAUGGGGCACAUCCUGGCUCUGUGGCGGUCCCCGAGCCGCACCAGCAUUGUCUACCCUCCUUGCGACGUCCGGGCCUUCCUGGACGUCGCACUGGAGGAGGACAAGGAUGAAGAAGACGAGAUGGAAGAGGGCUGGGAGGAGCUGGGACGAGAGCUGGGAAGUGGGGAAGAAGAGGAAAGCGAAGAGGACAGAGAAGGGGACGGAAAGGGCCACUCCAUUGUGUCGGUGGGUCAGUUCAGACCAGAGAAGGACCACCAGCUGCAGGUCAGAGCCUUUAAAAAGCUGCUGGACAGGAAAGGGAACGGGCCCUGGGGGAGGGAGUCCCUACGGUUGGUGCUGAUUGGUGGCUGCAGGAACCAGGAAGACGAGGAGAGGGUCCUGAUGCUGCGGGGACUCUGUCAGGAACUCGGUAUCUCCGACCAGGUGGAAUUUAAACUCAACAUCCCCUUUGAAGAGCUGAAGAGGGAGCUGGUGAACGCCACCAUCGGUCUGCACACCAUGUGGAACGAACACUUUGGCAUCGGUGUGGUGGAGUGUAUGGCCGCAGGCACCAUCGUUCUGGCCCACAAGUCUGGAGGUCCAAAGCUUGAUAUCGUGGUGCCCCACCAAGGCGGGCAGACAGGCUUUCUGGCAGACAGCGAGGACAGCUACGCCGCUGCCAUGGAAACCAUACUGACUCUGUCACCGUCAGCCAGACUGGAAAUAAGACGCAAUGCCCGUGAGUCUGUGGCCCGAUUCUCAGACCAGGAGUUCGAGGUGUGUUUUCUGGCUGCCACGGAGCCUCUGAUGAAUAAACUGGUGCCAUGAGGAAGAGCAGAGGAGUCUUGGUGUCCACCUGGGGUCAGAGGUUUGUCAAAAAGACGUGUUUCCGAGCUGUUUGUCAGUCUGUUAGAAGAUUACCUUAAAAACUACCGGGCUUACCACUCUGUCUGGUUUUGUUUGAUUGAAACGAUGCCUCAUAGCUAAAUGGGCUGGAGCAGCAGAAGUCGUGUCUAUGCUUACAACAAGAUAAGAUCACAGUUGAAGACUGACAUGACAGCUCAAUCUCCCCUCGAAAUCUUAUGAAAAAUAACAUAGACAUUCAGAGGAGAGAAUCCUGGUGGACACCUGCAGAUAAAGUUGAUAUUGUAUCCUACAACAAGAGCAAAUAUGUAUAAUUUCCAGUGACUUUGCAUGUGUCAAACCUUCACCGAUACGCCAUUGUACCAGUCUUCGGCAGCAGAGCUGGAAAAUGAUUUGUAGCACGUAUAAAUGACAUUGUGUUCACUGUUGAUGUGUAUUUACAUAACGGAUGAAGAGAUACCUCAGAGGUUAGGAAGCUUAAUCGCAUUUUCCCAGUGGGAAAUUAGGACUUAAUAUGUGACAUUUGGGCAAAAAUGAGAUAAGAAUAUUGUUAAUAUUGUUAUUGAUGUCUUAAUGCUAUUUGUUUUCUCCAGAAAUAGUUUGUGUUUAAAUGGUACACUGGCUCCAAGUACAAAAAACAGCCAGAUUUUAUCAAAAUGAAGCAAAGUUUUGUGUUCCUGUUAUGCCUCGCUUCCAAAUGUUAUUGUCAUAAAAUAACGAGGACAUCCAGGAAAUGCUUGAGUGUAAAGGGCUCAGGUCUAGACACUUCACAGCUGCCAGGUUUAUAUUCCAAAGGUCGCAGAAAUGUCGACCAACUUUCAAGAAAACCAUCGAGCAAAAACGCGACGUGUUUCUAUCCAAACUGGUGUGAACUGUCCAGCAGGAGCUGUUUAGGCUGCAGCAGCAGGACGCGACUGAAAGGAAAACACGUUUCAGUAUGACUUUUUUUAGGUCAACAUCAUGAAAUUAGUCUGCCUACAGUUCUUCCUUGCUCCAUAUCAACUUGAUGUUCAAAUGCCACUUCUUCAGGUUCGCUUUUGAUUUCCAUCCAGAUAUUAGGCGGUGCGUUGCAGAGGAGCUGUACAAUAUUUGAACAGUUUUGAAUUUUUGUUUGUAGGUGUGUUUUAGAGCAUGUCACGUUAAAGUCUGGCGUGUAUUUGUCUUCCUUUUGAUGCAGGAAGCCUUACGGUAAAGUGUUUGUGCCGAGCUAAGCCGGACUUAGAGCAUCUCUGCACCGCAGAUGUGACAACAGGGACUCAUAGUUUUAAAAAUAUGUUCCUGCCUUUAAUCGUAUUUGGAUGGUAUCUUUUCGUCUGAGUUGCAUUCCAGACCAAACAAUGUAGGUGUAAUGGUGACUGCCGUUGAUGCUGACAGGAUUUUGAUUGACAGUGCCGUAAUUUGACCUACUGAGACCUUAACAGACGGGUGGGGGGGGCGUAUAUAAAAAAAAAAAGUUUCUUUUUCUGCUUUGUGUGCACACUGCUUUAGCACUUGAAGAUAAUGACCAAAUCUUUUAUGUAGAAGUAAGUUUUCUUCUUGCAUUCCUGUUUAUGAUCAGUUCUGAGCAUGAAAAUGUGAUGAUUUGCACAAUACUAGCUAACCAUUAUUUUUAAAGAGGCAUUACUACUAUUUAAGUCCAUAUGUAGAGGCUAUUUGGAGUUUUUUUCUUCUAAACAAACUGCAAUAAAAGCAAA